CUUGUGAAAUAAGUGCUCCGGUUGAUUAAUCAACCCAUGCACUUGAUUGAACUCUGAUUUUCCCUUCCAAUAAGAAGUAAUUAAUUUUCAACUCUCUCUAAGCCCACUUCUCCCUCCCUCCCUCCCUCCCUCCCUCCCAAUUACUUCCCUCAAUUGGACUCUCUCAAAAGAACCCUCACUCGCAAGUCGCACCGUUCCUCCUUCCGCCGAUCCUUCGCACCCUCGUCCUUCGCUUCCACCGUCCCUCCCUCCGUCGUCCCUCGCUCUCUCUCUCUCUCAGUCAUCCUCACUCGCCAGACGCCAGUUCGCCUUCUUCGGCUUCGCGAAUCGCGACCCAGACAUCAGUUCGAAGCUUGAAAUGACAAUUGGUUCACUCACGCUAUGGAACUCGCUGCGUGAAAGUUACUCCAUUGAUGAAGUUACGAAACCAUGGAUGAGAACUCAAAGGUCGUCGAAGUCCGGCCUCCCUGGUUGCUCCAUCAACGGGGACACUCCUGGACUCGCUACAAUCUCCCAAAAUACAAGAUGGAGAAGAGUGCAACAAAAGAAGCAAUAUCCAUUCUCGGAAAGGAAAAUGUCACUGUUGCACAGGUAAAGCAGUACUGUGAGAUGGAAUGUCAUGAGAAGAAACUGCACAAGCUAGUGAUAGCAAGUAAGAUUAAUGAAACCAAGGAUAUCAUGAAGCGCAAAGCUAGUGAAAUUGAGAAAAGCAAGAUCGAAAAGAAUAGGGGUGAUAAAGGUGGAUACAUGUCAUCCAUGGGAUCUGGAAGACUUGAAAGUACCUUUGGUGAUAUGAGCAUAUCUAGCAGCAGCAUUGGUUUUGGUAGUGGUUCUGGGUUUGGAAUGUCGACUGAUCUGGAUUCCUUCCCAAGCAAGUCGAAAGUAAUUAUUGAUGAAGCAUUGAUGUCGGUGACGAAGAGGUGACGCUUCUCAAUUUCAUUGAUGAUUUUGGCCAAAAGACCCUUUUGUAUAUGGCAGUAGAUAUCAAUCAGGAUGCUGUUAUUUGAAAAUCUAGCUUUAAUCUCUGGGAUUUUCUUGCUACUGGAUAUGGAUGAGCUGCUCUCGCUUUCAUCCAUAGCCUCGUCAAGAUGUUUAUUUGUUUCAAGUAUGAAAUCAACAAGUUAGACG